AUGACUAAUGAUCAAUUACAUGCUUCUCCAACACCAGAUAUUGGUUCUUUAUCAAUAUCUUCAUUAAAAUCAGGUUAUAAAAAUUUACCAUUCAUUGGUAAAGAACAACAAUUUGAAAAAGUUCUGGAUGUUAUUGAUAAACAAGGUUUCAUUCCUGAAAUGUUGAUUGAAUCUGAAGCUAAAUGGUUUUACGAACAAUUAGGUAUUGAUGAUGUUUAUUUCGCAAGAGAAUCUGUUGAUGGUAUUGUGUCUCAUAUUCAUGCUUUAUAUUCUGCUAAAUUAGAUGCAUUUGCUCGUAAUGAUUUAAAUUCACCAUUCAUUCAUCAUAAAAGAGAAUCUCAAGAUCAUGCUGUUUAUUUUGAUACUUCAAUUCCAAAUUCUCAAGAAUUUAAAUUAACAAAUUAUGAAAAAAGAAUUGAUGAAUUAUAUUUAGAUCAAUUAAAUGAAAGUUAUAGAGUUGAAUCAUUUAAUGCUCCAUUAAUCUUAAAUAAUGAACAAUUUGAUGCUGAUGACAAAAAAACUGUUCGUGCUCAUUUUGUUUAUAAGAAUCAAUUUGAUUCAAAUUCAAUUUAUGAUCAAACUUUUCUAAAACUAAUUAGUCCAAAUACUAAAAAAUUAUAUGAUGAAAUAAUUGAACAAGUUUUGGGUCAAACUGGUCCAUUAAUUAAACAUUUACCAGUUGAUGAUUCAGAUGAACAUCGUAUUAUUAUUGGUUACAAGAAAAACACUACAAAGAAAUAUUUUAGUGCUUUAUCAAAUUUAAUUAAUUAUUAUAAAUUAAAUCAAUCAAGAAAAUAUGUUGAAAAUUUUUCAAAUGGUGUUACAAUUAUUUCCAUUUAUGUUAAACCAACAACUGAAACUAAUCCGCUAUCAAUUAUUCAAUUAAUUAAAGAAGCUUCAUUAUUAUUUACUAUCCCACAUGGAUUAUUUGAUGAAUUUUUCGCUUCAAAUGAAUUAUCUUUACAAGAAUCAAUUUAUGCUCAUAUUGGUACUAUUUUCGUUACUCAUUUCUUGAAUAGAUUAGGUUCUGAAUACCAAUCUUUAUUAACUUUAUUAGAUGCUUCAAAAUCAAAUCAAGUUGCUGAAUUAUUAUCUUCAUUGAAAAAAAGAUUAAGAUCUGAAACUUUUACAACAAGUUUUAUUUUGGAAGUUUUCAAAAAAUAUAAAAGUAUUAUUCAACAAUUAUUUAGAUCAUUUGCUGAUGUUCAUUAUAUUCCAAAUAAAUUAGAGAAAACUUUAAGUUAUCAAAGAUUAUCUCAAUUACAACCAAUUAAAAAUGAAGAAGAAUUUAAUCAAUUAAUUUUGAAAAAUGUCUUUAAUGAAAAUGAUGCAUUAGUUUUAAGAGGUUUAUUUAUUUUCAAUCAAUCAAUUUUGAAAACUAAUUUCUUUACUUCAACAAAAGUUGCAAUUUCAUUUAGAUUAAAUCCAGAUUUCUUACCAAAAUUUGAAUACCCAGAAACUCCAUAUGGUUUAUUCUUUGUUGUUGGUUCUGAUUUUAGAGGUUUCCAUAUUAGAUUUAGAGAUAUUGCAAGAGGUGGUAUUCGUGUUGUUAAAUCAAGAUCUCAAGAUGCUUAUGAAGUUAAUGUUCGUAAUUUAUUUGAUGAAAAUUAUAAUUUAGCUUCAACUCAACAAAGAAAAAAUAAAGAUAUUCCAGAAGGUGGUUCAAAAGGUGUUAUCUUGUUGGAUUUAGAUGCUCAAGAAAAUCCAAAAUCUGGCUUUGAAAAAUAUAUUGAUUCAAUAAUUGAUUUAUUAAUUAAAAAUGAUAUCCCAGGUAUUAAAGAACCGAUUGUUGAUUUAUAUGGUAAACCUGAAAUUUUAUUCCUUGGUCCAGAUGAAGGUACUGCAGGUUUUACUGAUUGGGCUACAUUACAUGCUAAAUCUCGUGGUGCUCCAUGGUGGAAAUCUUUCCUUACUGGUAAAUCACCUCAAUUAGGUGGUAUUCCUCAUGAUGAAUAUGGUAUGACUUCAUUAUCUGUUAGAUCAUAUGUUAAAAAAAUUUAUGAAACUUAUCAAUUAGAGAAAACUCCAAUUAAAAAAUUCCAAACUGGUGGUCCAGAUGGUGAUUUAGGUUCAAAUGAAAUUUUAUUAUCAACUGAUAAUGAAGUUUAUAUUGGUAUUGUUGAUGGUUCAGGUGUUUUAGCUGAUCCAAAAGGUCUUGAUAAAGAUGAAUUAAGAAGAUUAGCUCAUGAACGUAAAAUGAUUUCAAAUUAUAAUAAAUCAUUAUUAUCUUCUGAAGGUUUUGUUGUCUUAGUUGAUGAUAAAGAUGUUAAAUUACCAAAUGAAGAAAUUAUUUCAAAUGGUGUUUAUUUCAGAAAUUUAUUCCAUUUAAAUUUGAAAAAAUAUUUUGGUGAAAUUGAUUUAUUUGUUCCAUGUGGUGGUAGACCUGCAUCAAUUGAUAUUGAUAAUGUUAAAGAUUUUAAAAAUGAAGAUGGUAAAUCAAUUAUUAAAUAUAUUGUUGAAGGUGCAAAUUUAUUUAUUACACAAGCUGCCAAAAUUCAAUUAGAAAAAUCAGGUGCAGUUUUAUUUAAAGAUGCUUCAACAAAUAAAGGUGGUGUUACUUCAUCAUCAUUAGAAGUUUUAGCUUCAUUAUUAUUAUCUGAUGAACAAUUUUUAAAUAAAUUUAAAAAUGGUACUGAAUUUUAUCAAACUUAUGUUAAACAAGUUCAAGCAACAAUUGUUUCAAAUGCAGAAAAAGAAGCAACUGCAUUAUUAAAAUUUAAAGCUAAAACUGGAUUAACAUUAUCAGAAUCUUCAGAUUUAUUAUCAAACGAAAUUAAUAAAUUAGCAGAUUUAAUUUCAAAUUCAAAAGAUUUAUGGAAUGAUGAAUCAUUAAAAUUUAAAUUAUUGAAAAAAUCAAUUCCAGAAUUAUUAUUAAAAGAAAAUGAUUAUUCAAUUGAAGAAAUUUUAAAAAGAUUACCUGAUGCUUAUUCAAAAUCAUUAUUUUCAACAGCAAUUGCAACAAGAUAUAUUUAUGAAGGUUAUGAUUCAACAAAUGUUAUUCAAUUAUUAGAAUUUUUAAAAAAAUUGGGAAAUGAAUAA